UGGAAGUGAUCUUGCUCAGAUGCUGUUCCUGCCACAGUUCCUACAGCACUAUGUGAUUUAGCUGCAUUUUCACUUACCAUGGACAUGUUUUUCCGAAACGCUGUCUUUUUGUGGAUUUCAGUAGGAUUUCUAUCUUUACCGGAAAAGUCUGAGGCCUGUCCCAGCAAUGAUUUACCCGUGCACUGUGAAUUUGUUUUCAGAAAUGUCUGUUUUGAGUUUGUUAGGGGAUCCAAAACCUGGUCCCAAGCCAGGAGCAGCUGUGAACAGCGAGGAGGGGAACUCCUGAAGGUGAUGAACACCCCAAUCAAAAUCCUAUUGAAGAACAUCACCAGAGAGAGAAGCAUCAGCAAUUUCACUUGGUGGCUGGGAGAGAGGGUCCCAGGGAAGUACCAGGGACCUGCCAAACAAAAUGUUAACGUUUCAAAGGAUAACUGCACAUACGUAAAGCUGAAUCCUCUUCAGCUCGUCGUAACAUCUGACUGCAACGAGAGACGAGGCCUCCUCUGCACCCACAAUUUGUGGUCUUUAUCAAACACAAAGAAGACAAUAGUGUCCAGUCAUGCAACCAGAUCCCGGCUCAAAAGGUCUGUAGAGGGCAUGAGUGAGAAUGUUAGAGACAUUAGAAAACUUCUCCAGGAAGCGGAUAAAGAACUACGGCGAAUGGAAGAGACACAAGGGGAGCCGACAAAUGACAACAGGGACAAAUUCAUUAAGUAUUUGCUUAAUGGCACCCAAAAACUGACUCUAGAAUUGGCUUUGGAAAACAAUGACACAAUCAGUCACAUCCUCAAUUGUAGCAACGCCAUCCUCCUUCUCUCAAUGAAAAAGUGUGACAUCAAGGCUAACCCAAACCCCACGAGUUUGUUUGAGAAUGUGUUUGAGAUCUUACGGGAAGUCACUGUGCUGGUGGGAUUGGAAACCACAGAGCCACUUAUUUUCAAGCACCCAACAGGCGUAGUCUAUCAGAGGAGUUCCAAACCUGCUGAGCUCGACCAUGGUGUGCUCGGUUCAGAGAAAGACGGUACAUUCAUCAAACUCCCCUCAUUUUCAGCACUUAAAUCUUGGCUUGUAGGGUACGACAGCGUCAUUGCUCAGAUGUCUACAUUCUCAUCGAAUCCCCAUACAUCUGACGACAACAUCUCAGGAACUGUUUGCAGCCUUCUAAUCAGUAAUGGCACCUCAGAAAUAAAGCUGUCCAACCUGACAGAACCGAUAGAGAUCUUUUUGUCUCGCCCAAUUGCUACAACACUGAUUAACAGUACUGUUGAAUUGGAGAAAAACACUGAAGUGCUGAGCACAGUCAGUGUCGAAGACCCCUAUAUGACCAUUUUCUUCAGCGUGGAGCCUAACGCCAAUGUGUCACUGGUUCUUGCGAUGUCUCAUGAGUCACCUCCCAAUCGUACAAAUACCAUCGCCACAACCAUAUUGAGCCAAACGGGAGGCUAUCGCUGGAUGAUAACCCCAGAGAUGUUACAGUGGACUCCUGGAGUCUGGUAUAUUGACAUCCGACUCUUCAAUUCCACUUGGGAGCCAGGCCUGACACUGAAGAUCAGUUCAUUCACCACCAAGUGCUUGUACUGGCACACAGAGUUGGAGACAUGGAACACUGACGGCUGCCAGGUGGGAGAGAAAACCACACCAGAGCAGGCACACUGUCUGUGUAACCACCUCACUCUCUUUGGGAGCUCCUUCUUUGUGAUGCCGAACAACGUGGACAUAUCUCGCACAGCAGAGUUGUUUGCCACUGUGACUGAGAACUAUGUGGUGCUGGCACUGCUGUGUGCUUUCUUUGGCCUCUACCUGAUCACUCUGCUGUGGGCCUGCUAUGCUGACCGCAGGUCACGCUCUAAGAGGAAGAUGACUCUGCUGGAGGACAAUCACCCAGGCGCUCUGUACAAUUAUCUGAUCGGUGUCCAGACUGGCCAUCGCAAGAAUGCUGGAACUUCUGCCAAUGUGACAGUGAAGUUGACUGGCUCAGAGGGAGAGAGUGACACACAAAAUCUCACAGAUCCUGACAAGCCUGUGUUUGAAAGAGGGGCAUUCGAUAUGUUCCUGUUGUCCACACCCUUCCCACUGGGUGAAGUACGAAACGUCAGGUUGCAGCACGACAACUCUGGAGGUCAUCCAUCAUGGUAUAUAAACAAGGUGACCGUACAAGACCUCCAAACACGACAGGUUUGGCACUACUUUUGUGGCUGCUGGCUGAGUGCUGACCAUGGAGACGGCAUGACCAAGAAGACUUUCAAUGCUGCAAAGAACAACGAGAUUGCCAGCUUCAGGAAUAUUUUCCAGAGCAGAACUUCGACAGGCUUUAGGGAUGAACACAUUUGGGUGUCCAUAGUGGAUCCUCCCUCACGUAGUCCAUUCACACGUGCCCAACGGGUCUCUUGCUGCAUGAGCCUGCUCCUCUGCACCAUGGCCAUCAAUAUUGCCUUCUGGAACAUUCCUGUAGAUGAGGACUCCCCCGUACUCUUCUCCCUCGGUUCAUUGCAGAUCACCUGGCAGGAGAUCAUGGUGGGAGUAGAGAGUGGUCUUCUCAUGUUUCCAAUCAACAUCCUCAUCAUCACCAUCUUCCGAAGCAUCAGACCUCGCAUAAUUUCAAAGUCUAAAAAAGACUUUGAGGAGAACUUGAGACCUCCUGCAGUUACCGUACCAAGUAUACUAAAGGAUACAGCGGAGGUGAUUUCAUUGGUGAGCAGAAGUCCAAGGAACAAGAUGUCAGAGAUGCCCAGGCUGGAGUCCACCACUGACCUCGGCCCUGCCUUGGACAGGGUCCAUGAAUUCAUCCAGUUUAUGCAAGGGGAGAGUGAGAGCGACCCCCACUGGGUGUACUGCAGCAAGUUCCUCCUAGCUGGUCUCUGUCACCUCAUGAUGUGCCUCGAGAAACUGGAUGCAAAGAACUUCCAGAGUCCACACGAGUACCAGCAGACCCUCAACAUCACCAACCUGCUGGUUCGCAAGGCUGAGAUGGUCCUCUCCUGCCACUUGGUCUACUGCCCACGUCCCGUGAAGAAGAAGAAGAAGUCGGCGAGCUGCUGGCUGCCGUGGUGGUGUGUGUUCCUGGGCUGGUUCCUGUUGCUGUCCAUCAGUGGAAUAUCCACUUUCUUCACCCUGUUGUACGGCUUUGAGUAUGGCAAAGAAAAGUCCAUCAAGUGGGUUAUGUCUCUGGGCCUCUCCCUCUUCCAGAGCAUCUUUAUACUGCAGCCUCUCAAGGUGAUAGGCGUUGCUGUGGUUUUUGCCCUGCUGCUGAAACCUGUAGCUGUGGAGGAGAGUGAAGAAGUUGAGCAAGUGCUGUUAGAGCAACAAGACAAGUGUAGACGGUACUCUGGCAGGGACACAAUGUGAGGAAGCUGCAUUUAACAGGAUAAGCUGUCAUCUGUGACGGGCACAGCUGCAAUCCACAGCAACCUUCGCUUCUUAAACACUCUUUUGCACUUAUUGGAAGUUUUACUUUCUGAACAUGAAAAUUGCAUCACACAUUCUGGUGUUUUGUAUGUGUGCAGAAUUUCCAAUGCUGGGGAAACCUUUCUGAAAUGGUUAGUCAGAGUCAGAGUAAAUCUGUAAUUAAAUAACAAUUGAUCUUGCAUGUCAAAGUGUUGCUUUUCUUCAAGGCAUUUACUUUCCAUUAUAAUGUAUGUGAAUAGAAAUAAAUUAUCUGGUUGCUUGUAUUGAAAAGCUUUUGAUCAUUCGUGGAUAUGUUGUUAAUUUCAUGUCAAUAUACAAAAUCUGUAGGAUUCAUUUACAGCUUCAAGAAUCACUGAAGCAGAUUUAGAUGUCAUCAGGAGCUACCUAUCAUGAGCUCUUUGAGUUAGUUGGAGAGUGAAAAAAUGUCUUUAAUCCAAGAAACAUAAUCAAGUAAUGUAAUAGAAGCCCUGCUAGAAUUAUUGAAUGCCUGUGCAGAUAGACUAAAAAGUCUGUACAAUUUGUAAAGAAAAUGUGUAUUUAUUUUGUUCAUUUUAUCCAAAUUUACCAAAAACUUACCAAGCUAAUUUUAAUUUUAGUGGAGCAUUUUAGUGCCCCACCAAAAAGGCAAAAUACUGAAUCCUUCUUGCUUUAGCCUGAAAAUAACCAUAUUCAUUGCUUAUUUGUUAUUAGUAACACUGAAAAUGUCAAUAUGGUCAACAUCCAAAGACUCCCAACAGCCAGCUACUGCUGUCAACAUGACUUGUCAUCUCAGUGUAUGACCAACCAUUGAUUACACACCAACAUGGACUUUUACUUUUAGAGGCACGGGAAGGUGAUUUUAUGUAAUUUCACAUAUGGUAGCUAAUUAUUAAUUGAUCACUUUUUUCAUUUCACCUCCUUCAAUGUAAUACAAGCUGAAGGUGCAUGUCAUACAUUUUCAUCAUACAUGCCUACUUCUAUGUACUUCAGUCUGUCCUGCCCUUUGAAUGAUUUAUAUAGCAGAUGUUACUACAUUCAAGUUUGUGCUUUUGGUUUGGGGAUACAAGCAGGUCUGAAGACACAUUAAUGUCUUGUCUUAGGCUUUGUGUGCUUAUUUAAUCAACGAUGACUAAUAAUUUAUUUAUUGUUUUGAUUUAUUGAUUCUGUAUGUAUGUGUGAGCUUGAAUAAAGUAAUCUCUAUUAAAA